GGCAAGCGUCUCCAAAAGAUCAAAACGCCAAAACUUCAAAAUGGCGAUAUGGCCAACAGCCUUGAUAUCUGUAUUAUUUGUUGUCAUCCAUUUCGCAGGAGUAACUUGGGCGGCUAAUGCAGCCCGUAACAGGGAAAUAACUGCAAACUCAACUUGUGGUUCGCCGCCAGAAAUUUUUUACAGUGUUGUGGAAAGAAAAAAAUCACCCAGAUAUAGGAUCAAGUCUUAUUGUAAUGCAACCGAUUCCAUCCUAUCGCACAACGCAUCGAAGAUGGUGGAUGGAAAAUAUGAAACGUGGUGGCAGUCAUCGGCCUCUAUUGAUAAAGUAUCUAUCACAAUUGAUUUGCGGGGAGAAUAUCAGAAGUAUUAUUACGUCAACAAGUUGGUGAUAACAUUUGGAGAAUACUACCGACCAGGUCAACUUGUCUUCUAUAAGUCCAGUGAUUAUGGUCAGAGUUAUCAACCCUGGCAUUAUUUUGUUUCAACUGCUGAUGAAUGUCAAGAAAAGUUUAACAGACCUCUUGAGUCUAAUCCUGUCAGAGUAGACCAAGUCCUCUGCACUGUUUAUCCGACUGAAUCUAAGGAUAUCAAUGAUGUUGUAAGUAAUCUAUGAUUUAAGUUAACAUUUUAUC